AUGUCUCCCGAGAUCCACACGCCAGAGAUCCAUCUCCUGGGUUUGAUUUCGGGGGUCUCGUGGGUGAAGUUUGAGGAGAAGGUGGAGGACGGAGGCGAGCGAUGGAGCAAGCCCCACGUCACGGCCCUGCCCUUGCACAGUCUGCUGGAGCUCAGGACGUGCCUCAGGAAAGGGACCGUCCUGCUGGAUUUAGACGCCCGCAGUCUGAAGCAAAUAGUUGGUGGGUGGAGAAUGCCGGCUUGGUCCCUCUGCAUCUCCGACCUGAGAGACUUUCCAUGCAUUACAGACGCCGCUCGCAGUGGGCUGGAGCCAGGAGCUGAGAUUUCAGAAGCCCCCCUCCCGGAGCAGCUCAGAAACCGAUUGCGGAAGAAGAUCCCAGCGGGGGCCGAAGUGUCCAACGUUCUGGUGGGGGAGGUGGAUUUCCUCGAGGGGCCGUUUAUCGCCUUCAUCCGGCUGCAGGAGGCCGUGGGGCUCGGGGCCUUGACGGAGGUCGCCUUCCCCAGCAGGUUUCUUUUUAUCCUCCUGGGCCCCAGAGCCAAAGUGAAAGCCUACCACGAGAUCGGAAGGGCCGUGGCCACGGUGCUCACGGACGAGCUCUUCCAGCGGGUGGCCUACCAGGCUCAGGACAGAGACGACCUCAUCGCAGGGGUGGACGAGUUUCUGGACGAGCUGACGGUGCUGCCGCCAGGCAAAUGGGACCCGACCGUCCGAAUCGCUCCACCGAAGUGCCUGCCCUCGCCGCACAGGAGGCUCCAGACCUCUCACGGCGUGGAGUCGAUAUCGAAGGCCCCUUGGUACUGGAGCGACUUCUCCGACGCCCUGAGCGUCCAGUGCCUCUCGGCCGUGCUCUACAUCUACCUGGCCACCGUGACCAACGCCAUCACCUUUGGUGGCAUGCUGGGGGACGCCACCGACAACAUGCAGUCCCCGGCCCAUCCCUCCGCCAGGGACCACGGCCUGGAUUACCUGGAGUUCCGCCUCUGGAUCGGCCUCUGGGUGGCCUUCUUCGGCCUGGUGCUGGUGGCCACCGAAGCCAGUCACCUGGUGCAGUAUUUCACCCGCUUCACCGAGGAGGGCUUCUGCGCCCUCAUCAGCUUCAUAUUCAUCUACGACGCCGUGAAGAAGAUGCUGGGCUUGGCCGACAGCUUCCCCGUCCACUGGGAUUACCGGAUCGACGAGGUCCAGGCGCCGGAGGUGGCCAACCGGUCCCUGCUCACCCGGACGCAGUGUUUGCGCGAGGGAGGCCACCUGGUGGGGACCAGCUGUAACUACGUGCCCGACGUCACCUUGCUGUCCUUCAUCCUCUUCCUGGGGACCUUCCUGUGCUCCACGACCUCUCAGAGCGCUGGCACCAAGGGGCCCACCAACCCCCAGCGUGGCUGGGUCGUGUCUCCCUUCGGAAGCAACCCCUGGUGGGUUUGCCUGGCGUCCGCAGUGCCUGCCGUUUUGGUCAUCAUCCUCGUCUUCAUGGACCAGCAAAUCACCGCCGUCAUCCUCAACCGUCGACGUGUCUCGUUGCAGAAAGGGGCAGGGUUUCACCUGGAUUUAUUCUGCGUUUCCCUCCUGAUGAUCCUCACCUCUGUGACGGGCCUCCCCUGGUACGUGUCCGCCACCGUCAUCUCGCUGGCCCACAUGGACAGCCUGAAAAAGGAGAGCACCACGUCCGCGCCGGGGGAGCCGCCCAGGUUCCUGGGAAUCAGGAAAGUACAUCUGACCAUGCUGUCGCAUCUCCCUUGCUUUCCCCAGUAUAUCUCCAUGCCGGUGCUGUAUGGUGUUUUUCUGUACAUGGGUGUGGCCGCUCUUAGCAGUAUCCAGGUGAGUACAGAUCCACAACGGUCAAUCCCCUUGACAUUUCUGCACCUGUUCCUCCACGUUCUUCUCUGCCUGCUGGCGCUGGUGGGGAUCCGGAAGGCGAUGGAGCGCAUCUUCUCCCGCCAGGACCUCGCCUGGCUGGACGACGUCCUGCCCGAAACAGACAGGAAGGAGGAAGAGAAGCUGCGGAGGAGCCAGGAGGAGGAGAGCGACGGCGAGGAUGUAAGGGGGGGAGGGGGAAGAGCCGCUUGCCCCAAACGCCCCAGCCGUGAUGCAGACAGCGGGAACAUCUCGGCCACAGGGAAAGGGCCGGCCCAGUUCACUAGGCCACAAGAGAAGGCCAGAGAUGCACAGGUGAAACCUCUGCUCCCAUCAGGUCUCCUGACACCAGUAGAAACUGUGGCAGUCGUGGCUGCCUAG